AAGUCGGGCACGAGGAUAAAGUGAGAAAACUAUUAUUUAAAUUGGAAAGUGUGCAAAACUGGAAAGUAAUAAACGGUUACAGCACGUUGUAGCAUUUGUAAAAUUUCCUGAUUAUUCUAAAAUUAAAAAAAAAAAACGAAAAAGUUUACACGGGUAAGCACCAAUAAGCACAUACAUACGUCGUAGAAAACUUCGUGUGUGCACCAACUAAAUUUCACGUGUACACAUAUAUACGCCUAUAAAUAGAAGUACAUAUAAAAGCGAAAAUCGAUUGAAUUUGAAAGGAAAAAAGAAGUCAUUAAAUGUAAGAAUAGUUUUAUUAUAAUUAAUUGAAAUACGAUUGCAUUGCGAUUGCAUUUGAUCGGGAAUCAUUAUUUAGUGCGAUUGGUAGGACAAGUAAUUAAUAGGUGAUAAAAACAAAUUGCUACGUGUUUUAGUGAUGGAGAAUAGAAAGCUGAAAGUUGUAGACGUGCUGAGAGAACGGGAAGAAAAAAAGAAUAGCGGUCCCGUUACUAAAGCAAAAAUGUCAUUAUCUACUAAUUUGGUCCGUCAACAGUCGGGAAAAAUGGCUGGACUUGAUUUAUCGGGGAUUCUUAAUUGUCGUCGAAGGCUCGAAUGGACAAAAGAAUGGUUGGUCAAGAAUCAAGAUGAGUUCCUUAGCAAAGAGAAUCUUCGUAAAGAGCUUUUGUUUCGCAACAACGAGGUUUACCAUUUAAAUUGCUUCUUCAACAUCACCGAAAGGCAAUUCCGUUAUUUGGUAAAUGUGCUUGCGCCUGUAGUAACCAAAAUGGAGCCACAACGAAAAAAGAAAUUUUUUAGCGCUGAAGAACGAAUUGCAAUUACUUUAAAGUACUUGGCAACAGGCGAGGUUCACUCCUGUCGCAAUUACUGUUUUCGUGCUUCCAAGUCAGUCAUAAUUAAAAUGAUUGCAGACAUUUGCCAAAAAAUGCAUGAAUUGCUCAAGGAUAAAUAUCUUUCCCCACCAAAAAGCGAGGAACAGUGGCUAAGCGUAGCCGAUGAAAUACAACGAAAACAUAGUAUAUCGAAUUGUUUAGGGAAUCUAAGCAUGAGAGAAAUAGAUUUUCAUAAUGCCAUUCAUCGUUUAGGCGACGACAUGGCCAACUCAACGAAACCCGGGCUAAUUAUGGCAGCUAUUGUCGAUUCUGAUUUAAAUUUUAUGUACGCCGAAAUUGAGAAAGUCGAAGGUCAGCGCUACGAUGAGGUAUUUGAAAAGUCCAGCAUCCGGUCCGAUAUAGAAAAUGAAGUUAUUAAAAUUCCUAAAGCUCGGGGAAAUAAAGAUGCGCCAUAUUUCUUUGCCGGCUGCUUAACGUUGCCAUCUAAACCUUAUAUGGUGAAAAUACCGCAACCCCAUACACAGUCUACUAAGCUGGAGGAAUCGUACGAUGCUAAACUUCAUAAUCUUACUGUUAUGUCAGUCCAUGCUUUUCGCAUUCUCGGUAAUAUAUUCCCGAUAUUAGGUGAUGCCCUGCGUUUGUGUGAGGAUGAUGCUAGAAAAAUGUUACUAGGUUGUCUAUCGCUCUAUAAUUUCUUGCGUAAAACUGAUAGUUCGUUUCGAAAGCGUACCGAACAAAUUCUGAAUAGCGAUGAGGAGGACGAUUAUAUGUUAAAUGGUAGCGAAGAAGAGAAACGUGAACGCAGAGAAUUCACUCCGAAUGUUCUUACCUCUAAUUGCUUUAAGACUUUGUGCAAGCAACGCGGUGAUACAACAGAUGCACAAAUUGUUCGUCAGCAGCUUUUAUCGCAAUAUCGCAAUCAAAUGAAAUCGUCAACGUAAAUUUAUCCUGGUCCAAAAGCUAUUAUAAUCAGAUGUUUAUAUAUAUAUAUAUAUAUAUAUGUAUAUGUAU